ACUAGAAAAAAAAAAUGGCUCUAAGAAACAGAAGAAAGUUGAAGAAGAAAGAAAAAUUCUCAAGAAAACAAUUGAAUGUGUUACAGCUGCUAUGGCACCUCUGCAGGUGCCAGAGAAAAAGUGUAGCACCAAUAAUGACAAACACAACUUAAAAGAAAAUGAUGGAUUUGAAGUUAUUAACGAGGCAGGAGAAACCACUGGAUAUGAAGAUUGGAUACAGUUGUCUUCAGUUACACAGCUUGGUGCAGCAAAAUUUAAUACUAGAGAAAAAAAUGACUCUAAGAAACAGAAGAAAGUUGAAGAAGAAAGAAAAAUUCUCAAGAAAACAAUUGAAUGUGUUACAGCUGCUAUGGCCCUCUGCAGUGCCAGAGAAAAAAUGUUUUGCCCAAAAUGA